AAACAUUCAAAAAUAAGAAGUAGCCAUCGUAGCCAUGUUGCAAAAAAGCAAAGACAAAAGUUUAUGAAUUAUUGAAUCUUGUUUUUUAUGUUUUUGUGAAAAAAGUAUGUUGUUUUUUCAAGAAAAUAACAUUUUAUUUUAAGAAUUAUCAAAAGAUCCAAUUUCAGGAAACUUGUUUCGAAAAUUUGGAAUUAUUCUUGUAUCAGAAAUAUUUUAUCCAACAUUUUGAAAAUCCAAAAUCUGGAAUAUUUUUGUAUAUAUAAAUAUUGAAAAAGAUGAAAGAAUUUUUGAGGAAUACAAAAAAGAAUAUAAGAGUAUGUGGAAGGAAUUUUACAAGAAUAGUAUCUACUUCAGUGUUCCAUAAUAUACAGGAUCAAUAACCGUUACAAAAGCAAAGGCGCAUAAAUAUCGGCAAGGAUCGACUCUCUUCAGCUAUAACAUAACAGCUCACAGCAAUAGAAGCUAUACUCUCUUAUGUGAUAUUACCUCUCUUUCUUUCUCUCUCUCUCUCUCCGGCUUACCUGGUGAAAAAUGAGAGCCUCUGCAUUUACCUGUACUCAGCUCAGCCAAUCGGAGACAGAGACCUUCCUCGUUGUUGUCCUGUUAAAAGUGAGUGAGAGGAAAAUUGAAACCUUUAAGAGGGAUGGAUAUAAUAUAUAUAGGGAAGGAUCUAUAUAAACUUUAGGUUUUUAAAGAAGGACACCCGAUAUAGGAGGCAUUGUACCGCAGCCGUCAUGCGUUCCAGGCAUGGUUCCAGGUGCUGUUGUUGAAAGCUGAAAGCCAGUCGAGAGACUUGCUUUUGCUAAGGCUAAACUAACACAUUAUAUAUAUUUUUUUCCCCCUUCUCCAUGCUUCAAAAACCGAUUGGUUCUCAAUCCUCGCGGACACUCAAAACUUGCUCUUCCACUCAAAGUGUCGAUUUUCACAAGUAAAAAUUUAACUUUAUCCUUUUUGUUUUGUUUUUUGUUGCCUCAGGCUCGGCACGUGUGUAAUACUUUUUUUUUUCUUUUCAUUUCGCUUUGCAAAAGUGUGUGUGUGUGUGUGUGUGUGUUGAGUAUUCGUGUGUGAGGCAUGUGAGUCACCACGGAUACGACCCACAAGACCAGACGAUAUACUCCACAAUAGUAGACCCGCGUGCAAUGCGGAUACUUGUGCGGCUGCAACUCUAUGUUCAAUUAUUUUAUUAUUAUUAUUGUAAAUAAUAAGAGAAGAAAAAAUUAGGAUUUUUUUCAUCUCUUUUUUUUUUAGUGUCAACUAUUUUUUUUUUUUUUUUUUUUUUUUCUCCAUAGAAAUUUGUGAAGUUGAUGUGUCUGUGUGUGAGAGGGUGAAUAAAAAAAAUCGUUUGGAUAAAAUUAUUAAAGUUUUAUUGAUUUUCUCAAUAAUCAUUGAGGAAUACAAUCACAGGAUUUAUAUGGAAAUUUUAAUAUAAAAUAAAAAUUAUAUUAAUGAUAUAAGUGAAAUUAUAAAAUACACUUGGUGCCUUUUGAAAAGCAAAUAUAGAAAUAUUUGAAUUUUGUGUGUAUGGAAUUCAAGUUCUUUGCGAGAAGAAGAAGCAUUCGAAGAUCCACGCUGAUUUCUGAGGUGGCACAUUGGAAGAGAAAUGAAGAUGGAUCAGACAAAGGACAAUAAAAAAAUCCCUCCAGCUGGAGCAUUGCCAUCCAUUUCAAUGCCACGAGUUCCGGGAAAUUCUUUACCAAAAAGCACUAUAGGAUGUAAGAAAAAAUCUUGGAAACGGAAGAUUAUUCCUUAUCUAGCAUGUCUCGCUCCAUUCUCAACAAUUUUAGCCAUGCUCUUCAUUUGGAACCAAGUCGCUGAAUUCAGUUCCAGGAGGCAAGCAUUCGAUGCAAAUUUAACCAGAGAUUACGUGCUGGACCGUGUUUCAAUGGAUAAUCCCCAAUUGGUCGCAUACAUUCGGGAAGUCGAAUUGAAAGUUACAACUAGACAAGAUCCUUUGAAUGUUUCUCAAACCGAGGAAGAAAAGGCAGUGUCUCAAAUUCUUCAGGGAAAACGUGAUGGAGUUUAUUUAGAAUAUAUUAAUCGAAUGGGAGCAGUAUCAACAACGACCUGGUUAGAGUCAGCCCUGAAUUGGAAGGGAGUAAUAGUGCUGACGGAUCCUAGAAGUUCCUUUCACGUUCGAAAGAGCAAGAGAAACCCAAAAACAAGGGUUCUUCACGCCUGUCUUAGCACAAACAAAAAUACUAAAGAGAUACCUUAUCAUCAGGAGAGUGAGGUACAAGUGACAAAAUUGGGCGAGGGGCCAAAUAGUCUCAUCACACCGGAUGAAAGUUUUCCAACCACGAGACUUAAGUGCUUUCCUUUAUACAGUGUUCUUUUGGCGUAUAACGCCACGCUUAUAGAUUAUCUCAGCUUGGAUAGUUCUGAUGCUCAAGAUGAAGAACAGGUGCUGGACACAAUUCCUUGGGAUAAAAUUCGAAUCUCGGUGCUAUCAAUUCACUGGAGUCCACAUCAUGGGGAAGCUGAGACAAAAAGUUUGAUUGAAAAACUCUCCAGUAGAAGAUAUAAGCUUCAUCCCUCAUCAUACAACGGCAAAUUAAUAUUCCAUUACGCUAGACUUUUGAAAAUAUAAUUUUUAUAAGUUUA